UACGUCGGGUAUGUUUAGUGUACGCGGAAAGUGAAUGUUUUUACAAUGAUAAUUAAAUAAAUAAAUAAAUAAAAAAACUAGUAUAAAGCUUAAGUCGUUGUACCGAGUUUCACAGUGUUAGGGUAGGACGGUUUCGAAGCAGAUAAAUAAUACUUAUACUUUAACUAUACAAAAUUAAAAUAUAUGUUCAACGCAAAAUAUAUUUUUUUAUGCUUGAAGAACAAUUAUUAUAAACAGAACUUUUCAUAUAGUUUUUGACUAUGCGAUUGUUUAUAAUGGAAAAAUGUAUAUUAACCGUCAUAUUUCUAGCAACUAUUAUUUUUGCUAUAUUUGAUUAUGUUGCUUGCUUGGAAUCAGCAGAAAAGAUUAAGGAAUUCGGAUAUCCACUGAUGACGUAUCAAGUCAGGACUGUUGACAAAUAUUUGUUGGGGCUAGAACGAAUACCGUACAGUAAACACCGUAAUAAAUCUAUCAGAAAACCAGUUCUGUUAUUGCAUGGUCUGUAUUUAUCGUCAGCUAUAUUCACGAUAAACAACUCGUCACUUAGUUACGUUUUAUCGGAUGCUGGUUUUGAUGUUUGGCUUUUCAACGCCAGAGGUGUUGGUCUUUCAAGAAAACUUAGCAUUUAUAAGGAAUCUAGAUUGCAGCCAAAAAUGAAUAGCAUAUCAUGGAACUUCAGUUUUCAUGAAAUGGGUGUAUACGAUAUGACUACUGUUAUAAAUUUUAUUCUAAAAAGUACCGGACAUUCGAAAUUGGACGUGGUGGGAUAUUCCCUUGGGACAACAAUAUCUCUGGUAUGCCUAUCCGAUAGACCAGAAUACAAUUCUAAAAUCAACAAACUUGUACUCAUGGCUCCAACUUCUAGACUUAAAUCAUCGGGCAUGCCUCUCAACAUUAUAAAACAAUUUUCAAAAAUCGUAAACAUUUUUUUAGAUGGGUUUAAUUUCUUUCCGUACACUAAUGAUCCAGACACUACGUAUCGAUUAAUUAGACGUAUGUGUACCAAUGAGAGUGCUUUUAAAUAUUGCAGACAAUUUAUUGAUUUCGCUCAAGGGAUAAUUUUACCGAUCAACAAUGACACAAUUUUAGACAUUGUUUCCGAAUUUCCUCAGCCAAUGUCUUCCAAAACAUUAAAACACAUGCUACAAUUAUUGACAUCCGGGAGAUUUAGUCAUUAUGAUUAUGGUUCUUAUGGAAACUUGUUACAUUACCACACAAAAAUGGCACCGGAUUACAAUCUAUCCAGGAUUACUGCUCCUACAUAUAUUGUAUAUUCCAAAAACGAUACUUUAGUACAUCCAAUGGAUGUGAAAUGGCUCAUAAGUCAGUUACCAAAUAUUAAAGAUGUUCAUUACAUUGACAAAAUACCAUUUGGUCAUUUAAGUUUUUCACUAAGUCCAAUUAUGAAGGAAGUUGUGAAUAUGUACAUAACAAAUACAUUAUUAGAUAAUAAUUGCAAAUUAACUUGUGUUUGUGAUGUGAACAUGGAAUAA